GUGGUGAUCCGAAGUUCCGAUUAGAUGUAGUGAUGCAUGGUGCCGAGACUUGGAUUGAUUUGUAAACUGUAUCUGAAACUCAUCGUCCCUUCGCGAUCUAUACUCUAGCUGCAAUGACUGUCGAUCCGAUCCCCCAUCUCCGCGUAGCGGUCGUUGGCGGUGGUCCAGGUGGACUGGCAACUGCUAUCGCCUUGUCGAAGAUUCCAAAUGUUGAAGUUGUCAUUUACGAGCAGGCAAGCGUACUGCGCGAGGUGGGCGCGGGUAUAAGCAUUGGAGCAAACACUUGGAAUGUGUUAACUCUGCUUGGCGUGGCCGACACACUAACUAGCGGCCACGAGACUUGGGUUCUACAUAAUUCGAACGGCCGCUCAGGAGAGGAACUCGCGCGUCGUGAGAAGCCGCGAACUACCAAUGGCCGUGCCCCAAUCCGCACUCAGCGGACGGCAUUACAGUCCGCACUCCUUGCUCAUAUCAAGCCGGGUGUGAUUCAAUUGUCCAAGAAACUCGACAACAUCGUCGACAAGGGGUUCGAAGGCGUCGAGCUGCAUUUCAAAGACGGCACAACGGCUACUGCUGAUCUAGUGGUCGGAGCCGAUGGCAUUCGCUCGGUAGUCCGUGACACGGCAUGGCCAGACUAUGAGAUCAAGUUCACGGGGACCACGAUAUGGCGCACGCUUCUGCGCUGGGACGAGGUGAAGGACCUGGACCCGCGCUUCGAGGUGACCGGGUGGUGGCACUCGCCGACGACGCACGUGUACUUCUCGCCCGUGGGCGAGGGCCUCUGGGAGAUCGCCAGCCGCGCGUACCACGACCCGGCCGUUCACAGCGCCAGCAAGGUCAGCUGGGGCGUGCCUGUGGACAACGCGCACGUCGAGUCGCAUUUCACCGAAUACUUGCCCGGCAUCCGCGAGGCUCUGGCUCGGGUCCCGCAGGGGAAUUGGCGUGAGUUCGCCGCCUUCGCUGGACCCGAGCUUCCGCAGCUCACGGCUUGGGAUAACAAGAUCGUGCUGGUGGGCGAUUCAUCACAUGCCCUGUCCGGCGCCUUUGGAUCUGGCGCCGGAUUUGCUAUGGAGGAUGGCUGGGUCCUUGCACAGGCAUUAUCGCUGUACAGAAACGAUCUGAGCAAAGCUCUGCGGUUGUUCGACGAAAUCCGGCUGCCGUAUUACGCGAAGAUGUAUGCAUACCUUGCGGAGCAGGCAGACGGUAGAAAGAAGAAGCUGGAACAGCUGGGCGACCCGUCUUGGGACGACAGGGUGAAGAAUAAACUAAUUGUGGAUGGAGGUAAAAAUAUGGACUGGAUUUACCAGAACGAUAUUGAAGCCGUGUGGAAUGCUAAGAUCACUGAACUGGAUGGGCACGCAUAAGUGGGUGAGGCUAUGAGGUUAUGAUGACGAAGUUUAUGCGAUAUGAUUAGUAGACGGAAUAGACUAUUCGCAUUUCUUAAAGUGGUAGUUGACGAUGAUCACGGUUAGCACGAGACAUGGUGAU